AUGGCCCCGAAGCCGCCCUUCCAGCGGCCCUGUCGCCGCCCUCUUGAGCGGCCCCGUCGCCACCCUUGCAGCGGCCCGUCGCCGCCCUUCUCAGCGGCCCCACCACUGCACCUGCAGCAGCCUCGUCGCCGCCCUUUCAGCGGCCCCGCCACCUCCUUUCAGCGGCCCUGCCGCCGCCCCGGAAGCGGCCUCGUCGCCGCCCUCUCAUGGCCCCACCGCCGCCCUUUCAGCGGCCCCGCCACCUCCUCUCAGCGGCCUCGCCGCCUCCUCUCAGCGACCCCGCCGCCUCAUCUCAGCGGCCCCAGACGCCGCCCUCUCAGCGGCCAUUCCGCCGCCUUCUUUGCGGCCCCGCCGGACCGCCCAGCAGCCGAGCCGCCCAGCAGCCGAGCCGCCCAACCGCCGAGCCGCCCAACAGCCAAGCCGCCCAGCCGCCGAGCCGCUCAGCAGCCGAGCAGCCGGGCCGCCGAGCCGCCCACCAGCCGAGCCGCCGAGCCGCCCAGCAGCCGAGCCGCCGAGCCGCCCAGCUGCCGAGCCGCCGAGUCGCCCUGCAGCCGAGCCGCCCGAGCCGCCCUGUCCGUCACCCGCCUCCCUGACUCCCUUCGCAUAGUCAGGGACCACUUCCUCUCAGUUUGUCCCACCACUCUCACCGUUGACCUCCUCGAGAAGGCCCUCCUAGCAGCAGAGAAGAGCAUAGUCGCUGUAGGAGCCUCCCGUGGUGACCCGCGCACCCCCAUCUUUGAGGGGUGUUCCCCCUCCCCCCUUUUGCCCUCUGUUUCCUCUGCUGCUGCGGCCGACCUCGUUGGGCUUGAGUCGGUCGGUGCGGUGUCUACCCCUAGCGGGAGACGCCGCCCUGGCAAGGGCAAGGGGGGCACGGGCGCUGGAGGAGCUAGCGGGGGCGGUGGAGGCGGCGGUGGAGGCGGUGGAGGGAGUGGGGGUGGCGGUGGGGGUGGUGGCGGGGGUGGAGGUGUCGGUGGCGGCAGUAAAGGCGGAGGCGGCGGUGGCGGUGGCGGUGGGAGCGGCGGUGGCGGUGGGAGCGGAGGUGGCGGUGGUGGCGGCGGUGGAGGAGGCAGCGGCGGAGGAGGUGGAGCUGGUUGGGGUGGCGCUGCGCAGAGGGUCGGCUCCGGUGGUGGUCAGCGCCAGCAGCAGCAGCAGCACACUCGUGACAUCCCCCACCCUCAGCAGCUCCGUGAGUGGUACGUUGCACGCCAGCGGGGUGGGGGUACUGGUCCGUGCAUCUACAUCCUACGCACCGGUGACCGCGCGGGUGAGCAGUGCGGGGGUGCGCACUCCACCCAGCGCUGCUUUGGCCGCCUGACGGACGCUUGGCGUCACCAGUUAUCGGAGGCCACAGAGAUCCCCUGCUGGGGUGAGGUUUCUAGGGCGGGAGUAGCUAUCUUUGACCUUGACUUUGAUGCUAUUCUUGCUGCUAUGUAUGCUGUGACCAUUAGUGAUGAGGGUGACUGUUACCGGUGUUUCCCGCCCGACCCGGGCAUUGAGACUGCUGCUCUAGGUACUGUUGAGGCUGCUGCUCUAGGUGCUAGCGAGGCUGCUGCUCUCGGUGCUAGUGCGUCUGUUUCCUCAGGUGCAGGGUGGUAG